AUGACGGUACCGUUUGUUGAGGUGUCGCAUCUGGCAUCGUCCUCAUCUUUCUACUCAGCCAUUCUUCAGAUAGUUGGCUUGCGAUUCUUGAACGAAUCUCGGGACCCAAGUUCAUCCGUCGGAACUGUUACUUACGGACUUACAGCUGGCGUUACCAAGACUGGAGGCAAGCAUCGCCAAGCCCUGACCGACGGACGUGGAGAGGAAAUAAAAGGACCCCAGCCAGUGCUUCAAAUCCGUGAGGUGUCUCGCCCGUUUGAUCCCGUUAGGAAUUCCACGGUUGUUAUUGCGGUACCAUCCCCUGGACAAGUCGUCGACUUUCACGAGACCGCUCUUACCGCAAAUCCGUGGCUGGCUGUCCAGACUGAUGGUGACCCAAUCUAUUCCGGCGGUCCCAGCCCCAAGCCUCGCCUAGGUAUUGAUGGCGGUGAAACUCCAAGGCGAGCAACAGUCCGUGACCUUGACGGCAACACUAUCCAGGUCGUCUACCGCCAACCUACCUGUCCUCGGGAUUACUAUGGUCGAGUAGUUGAAUGGACUUACGACGGUGCCACUCAUUCGACUUAUAAAACUACAACUACCAUAACUCGUAAGACUCAUACCAGGAAUCGCUCCUUGUCACAGCCACAGCUUCAACCUGUCGCUUCCGCUCGUUCGUCCUCCUCUUCUAUUGAUGGGCUUCCACCCUUCCAGCCCCGUCAAUCACCCGCCAAACACGGUCCUAACACCGUCACAGCUGCCGAGAUGGCUCAACGUGCCGCCGCUCAACCCGAGAAAGAAGACGAACCGGUAUCUGUCUCCCCCCGCCAGAGCUCCAACAACAACGGUCUCAGUACCACUACGGUCGUGGGCGCCAUUCUUGGAGUUGCCGCUGCUGGUGCAGCUCUCACAUACGGUUUCGCAAGUCAUGCGGCCAAGGAACGGGAACGAAAACCUAGACAGGAAUACGAUGCCCAGGCUCCCCAGCUCCCGCGACGUUCGACCUUUCCCGAGAAAGCCCCAACGCACAAACUGCACACUGACGACCGCCGACCCGUAUACGGCGAUUACGGCGAUUACGGCGAUUACCCUCCCAAUGCUUCGCACUACCCUCCACACCCUUCGCAGUUCCCUCCUAAUGCCUCACAAUAUCCCCCCAAUCCUUCACAGUUUCCUCCCAAUGCUUCGCAAUAUCCUCCCAAGGCAUUGCCCUAUCGAGGUCAUGGUGGCUUCCCACUCCCAGAUGUGUACCCAGAAGGCUAUCCGUUCCAACAGAAUAUGCAAAAUGACUAUGCGCCUCGCAAGAUGUCUCAUCACAACUCAUACCCACCUCGUAAUCUAGGGUAUACCGAGGAAGACAGCAGUGAAGACUCUCCGGACGAGCCACCGCCCCGCAAAAUACAGUAUCUUACUCAGGAGCCCUACAACGAAGAGAAUCCGUGGGCCUCUGACCCUCGAGCCAGGAGCAGGAGCAGGAGCAGAACCCGCAGUGUAGCCAAGAGCACGGCUAGAAGCGUUGCUGCAAAGAGCGCUGCUCCCAGCACGAGGACUGUUACAAAGAGUACUGCAAGGAGCAUUGCUGCUUCUCGAGCUCGAUCGCCGAGUGAGGCCCCUGAUGAAGGGUAUGAGACGACCCGAAGUCGACGUCCCUCAAGGCAACCCGAAGACGCUUAUGACUAUGUGGAAACACGCAGUCGUCAUACUUCAAGACCUCGCGAUGACGACUUCGAGCCACGGAGCCGUCGUACGUCAAGACCUCCGCCUAGCGAUGUUUACGAUAGGCGCAGUCGCAGGUCGUCACGACCACCUCAGGAAGAAGGGUUUGAAAGAAGCCGUCGCUCGUCAAGGCCCCCUGUGACUGAGAAGCCUCGAAGUAUGCGGGCACGUAGCGAGGCAGGCGUCAGUCGUAGCAAGUCUGUCGUGCUGGCCGAUGAUCUUCAAAGCGAGGCGCCUUUCAGUCGGAAGUACGACGAUCGCGACCGCCAGAGUCACGCAGGUUCCCGGCCACCUAAGUCAUCACGAUCAGUUGUUCGUGGUCAUCGACCCACGUAUGAUGAUGAGCGAACAUAUGUUUCCACCCGAUCACGCCCGUCCUCGCGAGCUCCUCGUCGAUCGUCGCGUGCGGAGAUGGAGGAUGAUAUCAUAGAAGCCCCAGAGGUACCCGAGGUGCCUGACGCCCCCGAAAUCCCUCUGGACCCCAAUAUCUACGAUGGACCUGAUGAUAUGAUGCCAAGGAGUCAAGCUCGAAGCCGGUACGACACUCGAAGGGCCAGUGGACCCGAAUACCAACACAUGGGCUUCCCAGGCAAGCCUCCUCAAAGCUACAUAUCUGCUCGGGAUGUCAAUCUGCCAAUGAGUGGCGUUGGGAGUAGUCACGCUGAUUGGGACGACGACAUGGUCAGUGUUGCUCCCAGCGACAGUAUCAGCUGUGUCGGGAUGAAACCAAGCAGACGGAGCCGCAAGAUACGAUAA